CACACUUAUUGCACUUACUCCAGUUGGAAAGGCAACAGUGUUCGCGUCGCGGAAGAAACAAGAAAGAAAAACAGCGAGAAGCACUGCAAAUGCAUUGGCUGCAUUUAAAGAACAACCGCGAUUAGAGGAAGUGUCUCAGUACACAGUCGAAUUAGCCAUACAAAUUGGCAAAAGUGUUAUAAAAGAGAAGCGCGGUGGUGUGCCAACAGCCCAAGAGCAAAUUCUUUUGCAUUCGCUUUUGAACCGCUUUCAUCGCGAGUUCCCGUUUCUCUGUGUGCGUGAGCAAAGAGCGUGUGCAAAUAACUUUUUGCCGCGUUGUCCGCCUGCUGCGAAUUUCCAACCGAAAGAGGACAGCGAGAGCGCGAGAAGAGAAGAGAGGAUCGAGUGAUCGGGUGAAUGUCGCUGAAACACCAGAAGCAAUCCUACCAACCGCUCCCAACGGCGGCCGCCAUGGACAAUCCGGCGAUGAUCCAGAGCAGCGGUAGCAGUGGGAGCAGCUCCUCUGAGGAGGGCGGGAGUCGUGAGGAUGUGGCCAAUCUAUCGCCGCUCGGACUGCCUACGACCUACUCGUCACAGCAAUUGAUGCCCUCGGAUACGGACAGCAUGGAGGAGGAGCGGCACCGACUGCGUCCCCACCACCAUCACCACCACCCACUGGGCGAGCACCACCACAUCCCGGGCAUACCACCAUCCGCCGUCGUGCCAUCGCGUCUCUCCAGCGUGGGCAGAUCGCAGUGGUUCACCGUUACCGUGCUAUGCUUCGUCAACCUCAUCAACUACAUGGAUCGCUUUACGAUCGCAGGAGUUCUCACAGAUGUCCGAAAUGAUUUCGAUAUUGGCAAUGAUAGUGCCGGACUUCUCCAGACGGUCUUCGUUAUCUCGUACAUGGUAUGCGCCCCCAUCUUCGGCUAUCUGGGCGAUCGUUACUCCCGCCCCUGGAUAAUGGCGGUGGGCGUGGGUCUGUGGAGCACCACCACCCUACUGGGGUCGUUCAUGAAGCAGUUUGGAUGGUUCAUCGCCUUCAGAGCGCUGGUCGGGAUCGGCGAGGCAUCGUACAGUACCAUCGCACCGACGAUUAUCUCGGAUCUGUUCGUGCACGACAUGCGCUCCAAGAUGCUGGCACUGUUCUACUUUGCCAUACCCGUGGGAUCCGGUCUGGGAUACAUUGUGGGAUCCAAGACAGCGCACCUGGCCAACGAUUGGCGCUGGGCUCUGAGGGUCACGCCCAUUCUGGGCAUUGUGGCAGUUUUCCUCAUUUUGCUGAUCAAGGAUCCGGUGCGGGGUCACAGCGAGGGAUCGCACAAUUUGGAGGCCACUACCUACAAGCAGGACAUCAAGGCGUUGGUCAGGAACCGUUCCUUCAUGCUCUCCACGGCUGGAUUCACGUGCGUUGCCUUCGUGGCCGGAGCACUGGCCUGGUGGGGACCUUCCUUCAUCUAUCUAGGCAUGAAGAUGCAGCCCGGCAACGAGAACAUUGUCCAGGACGACAUCUCGUACAAGUUUGGUCUGGUGGCCAUGUUGGCCGGACUCAUCGGAGUCCCGUUGGGCUCCUUUCUGGCCCAGCGAUUGAGGGGUCGCUACGAGAACUGUGAUCCGUACAUCUGUGCGGUGGGACUUUUCAUCUCGGCUCCGAUGGUCUUCGCUGCUCUCGUGGUGCCGCAGACAAGCGAGAGCCUCUGCUUUUUCUUCGUUUUCGUGGCCCAGGUGGCACUGAACCUGUGCUGGUCCAUUGUAGCCGACAUCCUACUGUAUGUGGUGGUUCCCACGCGACGUUCAACAGCCGAGGCCUUCCAAAUCCUCAUCUCACACGCACUCGGUGAUGCCGGCAGUCCGUAUUUGGUUGGAGCAAUCUCCGAGGCCAUCAUGAAACACCUGCACAAGAACCCCAGCGACUCUGGACUGACCACCGAGCUGCGAAGCAUGUCCCAAGUGGCAGGUUCCGCGAUCAGUAAUGCCACCCAGGUGAUCGCGGAAGCCACCACCAGUUUGAUGGAAACAGCACGCUCGUCAGCCUCUCAGGAAUACUCUGAUGUGGAGCAAUUCGAGGGACUGCAAUAUGCGCUCUUCUCCACCAGUUUUGUGGAGGUGCUGGGCGGCAUUUUCUUCAUAUUCACCGCCUGCUUUAUCAUCAAAGACAAGUACAAUGCCACACGAGGACUGCAAGGCGAUCAGGGAGCGCAGGCGGUUCGAUCGUCAGUCGCCUUGGCCAGCGGGCAAAAGGACGUCGAGUCCUUCAACUCGGACUGCCUGGUCCUUUGCACUGACAUCGCGCUGCGCGAACGCACGUGAUAGCUAAAAAUAUGAAAUAUGCAUUCUGGUGCGCGGCACCAAAUGAUUACUUUAUUUUGGCCCAGUUCCCGAUGCCACGGCUCAGCAACAGCAGCGGGAUGAGCGCGGUCAGAUUGCCUAAUACCAGCCGAUUCUGGAGGUUAUGCUGCGCACUCAGAGCUCCGAUGGCAUGCCGGGUGAACUGAUACUGACUGAAAACCAUCUUUAAUUUAAUUUACGGUCACUCGCACCACGCACAUCCCGCAUCGGAUCGUACUGGAAGCUUACGGGGACGGGGACACCUUGCUCAGUUGGGCGGACAAGUUCCCGAUGUUCAUGUUCCUAUUGGAAGGGAUCGGAGGAAGGAGGAAAAUGGGGGAAAGGACCACCAUGCCAACACGUUCAAGCACGCCACACCGAUUUGUAGAUAUAUAUACAAACAAAAUCAAAAACUCUCACCCAGGCACUCACUCACUCACCAAGUCAUAACAUAACACAGAUCAUUUUACUUGUAAACGUCAAAGGUCUUGGGUACCCAGGAUACCUUGCUUCACCCACGUAGUCGUAGAUAGGUCUAGCUCUGGUAUUUUAGACUAAAUCAAAAUUAGCAAGAGUUUCAAGCGGACUCGCAUUCGAAGAAGUGCUCCCUCAGAUCGGAUAAUGUAAAUAGAUUAUCUCAGGCAUCGAAUGCGUAGGUCGUGCAGUUUGGAUAUUUAUAUUAACGAAUGUAUAUUUAAUAUGAAUUGUAAAUAUAGAUAAGCACCGGGCCAUUGUAUAAGUGCGUAGUCUAUUUAAUCAAUUUUAUCAUAACGCCUUAGUUUUACACUGAACAUAAUUUUAAUCAUAGCCUUAGUUAGUUGUGUAACGAAUUGGAGAAAUGUGUGCACCCUCAGCAAUUACUGAAUAUUACAGCAAAACUAUUUUGAACCAAAACCAACACCAAUCAGUCCUCGAGUUUGCUUUUCUAUUUGUUGAAUCUCAAUCGAAUGCUAGCCUAAUUGGAACGCAAAUUGAAAGCGACAUAAAGACUGCGAGCAAUCAAAUAUUGGUCCAUCGAUAUUUGGCUAAGAAUAAACCAAACUAAUUGUUUAGCAAAUAAGGUAAUCAUCCGGGGCAAUAAAGAAAC